GGGUGUGUCAGCGCUUCGUGUGAUUGUCAACGCAGCUGACAACAUCUACUGGAAUAUGCAUAUCUCUAAGUUCCCAAUGUAACGUCAAAGCUAAUGCUGGUUCAGCAUGUUUGUAAAAAUGUGCCGCAUCUGCGGAAAAAGUAAAUCAUGUGAGAAAAGCUUAAAUCUUUUCGAGACUAAAAAUCAGAAAUUAGUGCGGCAUAUUCAAAUGUUGACUGGAUGCUGGCUUCGGGACUUGCAAGAUGCUCCCGGGACAAUAUGCUUUUGUUGUCAAUCGGAUCUUAAGCGGGCCAUGUCAUUUCGAAGGCUAUGCAUUAAGACACAAAAGAAAUGGAAGCCGCACGUUGAAGUAAGCGAUAUAUCAUCUCUAAGUGAACAGGAUAACCCAAGCCCAAGUCCAAGUCCAAAGCCAUCGAAUCUCCAGAUCCAUAAUAGCACAUAUAGAGAAAGUGAGUCGGACGAUGAGCCACAAAGCACAGUACAAGUUUUGCUGGAGGAGUGCCAAACCAACAGCAAUUGGGAGCGCUCCAAUCUAGCCGAGGAAGAGGAUCAUUUGGCUGAAAGCUUCAUCCUGAAGGCAACCACUGACAUCGACACCGAUGACAGUGAGAGUAUCAAAACAGAAGUUCAAGCAAAUAGUGCGAAACCCGAGCUUCCCUCGUCGCUAAUCCAUUGUUCAAACGGCUGUAAAAAACUUUUGAAAGCCAAGCAAGAGGCAACCAUUUAUAUUUGUGAAUUGUGUGGCACACAUGCAAAUAGCAAGGUUUCUUUCGAGCGACACAUGCGGAAGCACACGGGGGAACGUCCCUUUGGUUGCGAAGAGUGUUCGGCACGAUUUCUAUCGGCUGCUGAGCUGCGCGCUCAUGGUCUCACUCACACGGGAGAGCGACCGUUUCCAUGUCGUUACUGUGAACGCCGCUACAUGAGCUACACGGGACGACUGAAACACGAGCGGAUGCAUACCAAUGAUCGACCCUAUGUAUGCGCAGAGUGCGGCAAGGCGUUCACCAAUUCCUAUGUUCUUAAGAAUCAUAUGUUGGUGCAUACGGGCGAGCGGCUGUUUAGAUGUGAUAUCUGCGAGCGCGACUUUCAGCGUAAAACUCAUCUUAAAAUGCAUUAUCGUUCUACUACACACAAACUAAACGUAGAGAAGCAACUUACGCCAGAUACAAAAGAAUGA